GUUUUUGUCCUUCUCACAGCACUUGAAUCGCCGACAUGAUGGCAACACCUGCUAACCACGACCGUGAGUCGACAAAGCCCGUGUGCUUCAACUGCGAAACCUCCACCACACCCUUGUGGCGUCGCGACGAUGAGGGCAAGGUUCUGUGCAACGCCUGCGGUCUCUUCCUGAAGCUGCAUGGUCGCGCGCGACCCAUUUCCCUGAAGACCGAUGUCAUCAAGAGUCGCAACCGAGUCAAGACAAUGCGCCCUGAUCUCGCGACAAAAAAGAAGCAGCAGCAGCAAGCCCAGCAACAGGCGCAACAUCAUGCCUACCUUGGCGGCGAUCACAACGGUUUCGACAUGAACUCACAAACUGGAGGCAUCAACUCUGCGGGCCCCCGGCAGGCACACAAGAACGGCGACGGCCACUCCCCCGGCUCGCGCGGCGAUACGCCGCUGUACAACCCGGCUGCCAUGCCCGUAUUCCAUGGCUUCGACGAGGCGCAGCUGCAGUCGACCGCUCUCUCUGGCUUCAACAUGUCCGGCACGCCGCCCAAUCGCACCGGUUCGCCCCUUAACGGAGACCGCCCGAUCGAUGCCCCUCAGACACACGAGCAAUUGAUUGCUGCCAAUUCAGCGCUCAGCACCAGGGUGCGCGAGCUAGAGCUCAUCAAUGAGCUUUUCCGCGGACGACUGGGGCAGCUUGAACAAGACGAGGCGACUGCCAGACGUGGGCAGGAAAUCAGUGGCCAGGCAGAGACACAGCUGCGUGGCCAGCUGGAAGAAAGCCAUCGCCGAGAAAACAGUCUCAAACACCGUCUCGACGUGCUGGAACAGGAGCUUGCCAACAUUAAGACCGGCAUCGUUGACGCCAACCCCGACGACGAGCUCGUCCACAAGAAGCCACGCCUCUCGGAGCCUGUGGAGCAGGCCGACGAGCCAGAAGCCAGAUUCGAUAUCCCCGAUGGCAUGACAACUGAUGAGCCAGUCAUGCAAACUGAUUCUGCCGAUGUGGACGACUCUGCCGCUGCUGACGUUGCUGCUGCCGCCGAUUUGGCCGACGCCGAAGAGGCUGCAGCAGCCGCAGCCGCGGCCGCGGCCGUAGCCGUUGUCGCUAAGUCCGAGCCUGUUGCAGAGGUGGCACCUGCUGAACCUGUCGUUGACGAGCCCGCAACCGCCACUGCAUAA